AUUAAUUUAUUAUUAUGUUGUAUCAUUAUUGAUUUAUAUCUUCGUCAUAAAUUACAAUUGAAUUUAAAAAUUGAUUUAUUUAAACAAUUAUAUAUUGACUAUAAUUUAAAUAAUAAUAAUGAUCAAUUAUCAAAACAAAAAAAUUAAAAUGUAAUUAUAAUCAUCAGUUAAAUUAUGAUAUGAAUCUAUCUACUGUAAGCUAUUCGCAUUUACCAUUACAUAAUUCAUUAUUAUAUAAUGAAAAUAAUACAAUCAAUAUAAGAAAGUAUAGAGAUGAAGGAAUUCAUCAAAGAUAUUCAGAAUUAUGUCCACAAUUGAAUGAAAUGAAAUCUAUGAAAUAUUCACCACUGAGAAAACUUGAUACCAUUAUUACUACUAAUACUGUUGCUACUACUACUACUAAUAAUAAUAGUAAUGAUAUGAAUGUAACUAGAUCUUUUCCUUAUUUAACAUCGAAUAUUCAUUCAUCUAAUAGUAUGAAUCCAAUUUAUCUUGAAUUAGAUACCAUUCAAAAUGAAAUGAAAUCAUCUAAUAAAUUUAAAACAAAUGAAUUAGAUAUCCAUUUAAAUUAUUUAAGUCAAAUUGUUUAUAAAUGUUCAAUGAAUCCAUUACAAUUAAAUGAUCAUAAAUAAAAUGAAUUCAAUCAAUUUAUAUAUCAUUAUUUAAUAGAAUCAUGUGAAUAUAUGAGUUGUGAUUUAACACAUCAACCACAACAACAACAGCAAACUGAUAUAACAUUAAUUCAUCCUGAAAUGGAUAAUGGAAUAAAUAAUUUAACAUCUAGUGAAUUAAUAAAAUUAUUUACUGAUACAACAGGUGAGGAUUUUAUUACAUCAGUUUGAUUACCAUCUAUCUAUCUAUCUAUCUAUAUGGUCGAUGUUUCAGGGAACACUAAUUCAGAUAGCAUAGCUACAAUUUAUUUUAAUGACAUCUAAACGUCCGGUUUUUUCUAUGCUAUCGAUGAAAGUUAUUCCCAUGACAGUUUAUUGAUUUACGUAUUAUUCUUCUGUGUCUUAUUGUUCAUUUAUGACUAAUAAUAAUAUUACUA